CAUUGUUCAACUCAAUCAGCAACUGCUGAGACCACUUUGAGAAGAUGAUGGUCCUAUACAGAGCUCUGAUUCUGGGGGCCCUCACUCUGACCACCGUGAUGAGUCCCUGCAGAGGUGAAGACAUUGUGGCUGACCUCAUUGGAACCUAUGGCAUAACCAUGUACCAGUCUUACGGUCCCUCUGGCCAGUACAGCUUUGAAUUUGAUGGAGAUGAGAUAUUCUACGUGGACCUAAAGAAGAAAGAAACUUUCUGGCGGCUGCCUGUGUUUGGCAAACUUACAAGUUUUGACCCACAGGGUGGACUCACCAGUAUAGAAACAAUAAAACACAACUUGGACGUCGUGAUUAAACGUUCCAACUCUACUGCUGCUACCAAUGAGGUCCCUGGGGUGACUGUGUUCCCCAAGUCUGCUGUUAUGCUGGGCCAGCCCAACAUCCUUAUCUGUCUUGUGGACAACAUCUUCCCGCCUGUGAUCAACAUCACAUGGUUAAAGAAUGGGCACUCAGUCACAGAGGGUGUGUUCGAGACCAGCUUCCUCACCAAGCAAGAUUAUUCCUUCCUCAAAAUCAGUUACCUCACCUUCCUCCCUUCUGAUGAUGAUGUUUUUGACUGCAAGGUGGAGCACUGGGGCCUGGAGGAGCCACUCCUGAAACACUGGGAACCUGAGAUUCCAACCCCUCUUUCGGAGCUGACAGAGACUGUGGUCUGUGCCCUCGGGUUGGAUGUGGCCCUCGUGGGCACCGUGGUGGGAACCAUCCUCAUCAUCCGAGGCCGGCGCUCAGGUGGGGCAUCCAGACAGCAAGGGCCCUUGUGA